AUGAGAUUGUUUUUGGUGGUAUUUUUAACGUUUGUUGUUUUGUUAAACAACAUUGAUGCAUCAUUUUUAUUUGGACAACCAUGUAGUAUACGAAAUACAGCGUACUUAAAAGUACACAAAUGGAUAGCACCUCCUGGUGAAAUAAACUGCGUGGACGUAACAGGCUUCAAGAAAAACAUGCAUAACAAAAUCCGUUUAUCGAAUUACACAAAUUUUUUUAACAAAGCUUCAAACGCUGACACUUUGUAUGCAGACCAUAUCAAUAUUACGAGAUUCCCAAUACUUAUAGUUAAAUCUCUUCCCAAUUUGGAGCUGAUCGAUCUAUCAGGUAACAAAAUUCGAAAACUGCCGACCAAGAUGUUCAGACUGGCUCCGAAAUUAAAGAAACUGCUGGUAUCCGAUAACAAAAUAAUGAUACCAAAGCGUGUAUCCCUCAUAUCUUCAAUAACUCUACAAACGUUGAUGUUAAGCAACAAUGGAAUUCAUACGAUCUACAAGUAUACGUUCAGGAAGUUGCCGAAUCUCGAAGUCUUGUAUUUGGAUAAUAACAAUCUGAAAACUUUGAAUCCUAUGUUUGGUACUUUGCCAAAUUUGAAGAUGUUGCAUGUUGGGAGGAAUUAUCUUACCGCUAUACCACCAAAAGAACUGGUGUCGAAGUCACUGAGGCAAUUUAUUACCAAAACGCAGAAAAAGGAUAUCGAAAAGCGUUCAUAUUAG